GUACACCCCUGGCCCUGCACUUCGGCGAGUCUACCAUCAUCCUUCCCUUCUCCUUUGAGGAAGCACGGAAUCUGGGCAAGUCCAUUCAGGCUCUCAUAAAGACGUUUGCCGAAAAGCAAGAAGCUGAGAGACCAAAGAGGUGGGACAUGAUGGAAUACAGGUACAAGAGCGAGGGCGCUGAUGAUGCUGUGUCCUUGUUUGAGGUCUUCUGCAACCCAAAUGCACACUCCAGUGCAUUCGACGCCAAACUGCUCGUCACUGUGCAGGCGCCAGGGGGUUUGAAGAUGACAACUGAAGGGAGACUCAGCAACGUGAAGGCCGAUUUGGCAGGGUACUUGCAGCAGCACAAGCCUUGA